UUUUUUUUUUGUUAUUACAACGUUACUAUGAUGUUAUUAUCUACACUCAAAAGACAAACCGUUCUUUCUGGAUCAGCAAGACGCACAUUGAGCAGCAGUUGUAUUGUAUGGAAACACACUUACCAAGAUCCUUUCCCUAAUCUUUCGAUUCGUCAUUCACCUGACAUGGAUGUAGACACACCUUAUCCCAACUUGCCACCUAUUCCACGCCCCAAUGAACCAGAAGACAAGAAACGUGCACGACUCAUCUAUCAAUCAAGAAAGAGAGGUACUUUGGAAAAUGAUUUGUUGUUAUCGACAUUUGCUCAGAAAUACUUGCCUACGUUUACCAUGCAACAACUCGAAGAAUAUGACAGUUUGUUGGAUGAACCCGACUGGGAUCUGUUUUAUUGGGCCACUUUUAAAAAACCUCACCCUGAAAAAUGGAAGGAUAGCAAGGUGUUAAAAAUGAUUUGUGAACAUGCAAAGAACAAGGACAAGAAAGUAUUGCGCAUGCCGGAUUUGAAGGAAUAGAUUUGUUGUAUAUAUGUUAUUAAGUUGAUUGAAUAUAAUAUAUAUUUUUUUUUUUUUAAAAAAAAAAGGGGGGAUUUUACAAAAAUGAAAAAUAAAAAUUAGAUUUGGUUCAUUGACAA